GAAUAAUAUCCUAAUCCCAAACAUAAAAAUUCGAAGUGGCAUUGCGCUCGUUUUACAAUAUCGCCAUCUGCACAGUCGAUUCAAAUCAACGUGUCUUAUGACAUGUUCGCGGUGCAAGGUUCUAGUGAGCGCUUUCUUGACAUUUCUGAGGGACAAAAUUUCAUAAGUUUAAUAGUGAUAACUUGAGAAGAUGUCUUCUAAAGCUGUGAAAACUAAUGUGACUGAUAAUGAGAACGCUUGUGUCGUCUGUUUUAAGACCGUCCAGAUAUAUUCAGUGGGCGAUUGCGAUCACCCCGUUUGCUAUGAAUGCUCCACGAGAAUGAGGGUGCUCUGCAAGCAAAAUGAAUGCCCCAUUUGUCGGCAGGACAUGACUAAGGUAAUAUUUACCAGAAAUGUCCUGCCCUUCAAAAGUCUACAGAAUUCAACAAAUUUAUUUGAUAGGAAGUAUCGCAUCGCUUUUAUGGAAAGUGACAUACAGGCAUCUUAUAAUGAGCUAUUGGAACACAAUUGUUUCAAUGUAAAAAAGAAAAUAAGGUAGCUAACUUUCGGACAUUUGCUGUUAAAAGAUCACAUGAGACGUGAGCAUGAACUGCACUACUGUGACCUCUGUGUAGAAAAUUUGAAAAUCUUUUCUUAUGAACGUAGAAGUUACACAAGAUCAGAAUUAGCACAGCAUCGUAGAAAAGGGGACUCAGAUGAUAAGUCACAUAAGGGUCAUCCACUAUGUGAGUUUUGUGACCAACGGUACAUGGAUUCAGAUGAACUCUUUCGGCACUUACGGCGUGAUCAUUUAUAUUGCCAUUUCUGCGAUGCUGAUGGAUUUCACCACUAUUACAGUUGCUCUUACGAAUUUCUCAGGGAGCAUUUUAGAAAUGAGCACUAUCUAUGUGAAGAAGGCGAUUGUUCUGAUAUAGAAUUCACAUCAGUUAGGACAGAGAUUGAUCUUAAAGCUCAUAGGGCAUCUGCUCACAUUCGUACAAUGGGUAAAGUGGCUGCAAAGCAAGCUAGAACUUUAGAGUUAGAGUUUACAUUAGCGCCUAGGAGUAGAAUGGAAAAUAAUGCCAGAACUCCACAACGGAAGUUCCAGAACGGGCAUAAUGUUCCAACACGAAAUGUGAGAUCUAGUUCAGGAGCACAAGCUCGUUCUAAAGAAGAUUUUCCUGCCUUGGGUCCGCCUAGCUCUAGUUCUGAACCUGUAUCAAAUUCAGCACAAUUCCGUUUAAGUGUUCAAGGAGGUCCAUCCAGUGCUAUCAUACGUAAUAGCAACAAUAAACCAAACGUGUCGAUACAUGUGAGUAACAGAAGUAAUGGCGCAGUAACAAUACCCAACAAGGUUAAAAGUGCUUCUAGAGAAGAUGACUUUCCUCAGUUGCAACCAGUCAAUUAUAAAAUGCUAGGUGUGUCUCAGAAACAUAGGUCGUUGGUUUCUGACAGUUAUAAUUCAGUUAGUAGUUCCGUUGCACCCUCUAAGCCGCUUAUCAUAGGCUUAUAA